AUGCUGCGACUGGAACAGCUCGCCGUGACGCUCUUGGCGCUCACUUCGAGCGCGACAGCGUGGCGCCGCCUUGAGCGCGCCCACGAGGCAGACACAAUGGAGCUGCGCAUUCAGCUGCAGGCCGAAGCCGACCUCGCAGCGCAGCUCGCGGCCAUCUCGGAUGUCACGUCGGCCACGUACGGCCGGUACCUCUCGAACCUGGACACGGCGGCGCGGCCAAGUGACGCCGCGGCCGCCGCGAUGCAAGCCUUACUAAGCAAGUACAACCCCGUCGUGAGCCGCGCGGGCGACCUCUGGCGCGUGACGCUGCCGGUCGCGGACGUCGAAACCCUCUUUGACACCAAAGUGCACGCCUACAGCCUCGAGACGCGUCGUAUCUUGCGCGCUUCAAAUGGCGUCGUGAUGCCCAAAAGCAUUGCAGCACACGUUGUUCUCAUUGACGGCCUCGACCGCCUGCCACGAACCAAAGCUCGUGCGUCGCGCCGCCGGCUGCAGUACGGCGCCAACAAUCCGCUCGCAAGCGUUGUUACGAUCGAGACGCUCCAGGAGCAAUAUCACCUGCCCAAGGAUCUCGACAGCAGCUACGACGGCAACGGCGUCGUCAUUGGCACCUUCUUGGAAGAGACCUACAUGGAGACAGACAUCGAGUCGUACUUGGGCGUGAACGGCCAAGCACCGCUUUCUGUGAUGCCCGCCCAGCGCAAUUGCAUCGGGAACGGCACUGGCAAGACCGCGACAAGCGAAGCCUCGUUGGACGCGCAGCUCAUCGCGGGGCUUACACGGAACAACGCCACAACGAUCCUUUGCUACAACGAUCUGCGCGUUCCUGACGAGCCCGCGUCAGACGCCAACCAAGAGCCUUUUCUUCGCUUCAUGCGCGACGUCAACGCCCUUGAGCCAGCACCGAGCGUCGUCUCCAUCAGCUAUGCUGACGACGAGUGUGCCCUGCCGCUAUCCUAUCGCAAUGCCCUUGAUCUCGAGUUCAUCAAGGCCGGACUCCGGGGCACAACGAUCGUCGUCGCGAGUGGCGACAAUGGCGUCGUUGGCAGUUGGUACCUCGAGGAUUUCGGCCCCAAGCUCUGCGCCAAGUACCAGCCAAGUUAUCCGUCGUCGUCGCCGUACAUCGUGUCGGUGGGUGCAACCGUCAACGUCGGCGGCAAGGAGACAGGCCUCUCGAUCCGCAAUGGUGGCGCCAUCACGACCGGCGGUGGCUUUAGCGCCGACAGCCCGAGGCCCUCGUAUCAGGCCAGUGUCGUCGACGCUUACGUGGCACGCCAUUCGCUCGACAAGCCGCGCUUCAACGUGAGCGGUCGCGCGUACCCGGACGUAUCGGCGCUGGGGCACAGUAUCGCGCUCUACAUUGCUGGCUUCUACACAUCCUGUGACGGCACGUCGGCGUCAGCGCCCAUUGUUGCGGCCAUUAUCUCGCACCUCAACAAGUACCGAUUGCGCACCGGUCGCCCCAAGCUCGGGUUUGUCAACCCGUACCUGUACAAGCUCUACGAGGUGUGUCCGUUCAUCUUUAACGACAUUGUGGCGGGCGAGAACGGAUGCGGCGCGCUCAACCAGCCCUGCUGCGACAAUGGCUUCGCCGCCGGCUUUGGCUGGGACCCCAUCGGAGGCCUUGGGUCGAUCAACUACCACGCCUUUGAGACCAACAUGGAGGCGUGCGAGGCGCUCAUGAAGAUAACGCCGUGA